UGGAGCAGACUACCUCUGAUGUAGAGAGUAGAAGUGGAGAGAGAAAAGAGAGAGAGAGAAUUUGAGGAGAUCCUGUGCUCUUCAAUGCUCCUCAAUGCAGACUGGCGCCGCGCGACGUUCGACACCCAUGCUCAGUCGUGUCCACCACCCGUGCCCAUCAACUGAUCGUCGUCAUCACCAUCAUACUAUUCACUCUUUUUCUUCUUACCCUGAACAAUUCCAAUAUAUUCAUUUGCCACCUCGAUCUCGAUCCCAUUGUCGAUCGUAUCCGUCCAUCCGCGUAUUGGUGCAUCUUCUUCCGACUUCAAUUACACUUUGUUCACCAGAUGCAGCAAUCAUCUACAAUGGAUAAAUAUUUCUACAAGAAGUAAUUGAAGAAUUUUAUGAAGAAAAACUAAAAUAAUUCAAAUUUCACGUGAUUACAAUUUAAUUGAAUUUCUUUGGAAUAAUUAUUGUGCCAGAAAGAAAGACUUGAUGGUGAUAAUGACGAAGCUGACGGUGGGCUUUUUAAUUUUAUCAAUAAUCACUAUAGCGUACAGUAACGCUGUAGCGAUUGGUGGUCCAGUUCAAUCGACAGACGAUGAUGAAUAUACAAGACAUUAUGAUAACACAAGAUAUUCAAUAUUCGAUAAGCCUUACACAGUUGAUUUCAAAUACCAUAACUACGACCAAAUGAGUCGUUUUUUGAGAACAACAUCAUUACGCUUUGAAAAUCUCACUGCCCUUUAUUCAAUCGGAAAAUCCGUUCAAGGACGUGAUUUGUGGGUGAUGGUCGUGUCUGCUUCACCUUAUGAGCAUAUGAUUGGUAAACCAGAUGUUAAAUAUGUAGCAAAUAUUCAUGGUAAUGAAGCCGUAGGUCGUGAACUUAUGUUGCAUCUUAUUCAUUUAUUAGUAACUAAUUAUGGGACAGAUCCGUACAUUACAUGGUUGCUAAAUAAUACUAGAAUCCAUAUUCUUCCGUCCAUGAAUCCUGAUGGUUUUCAAGUUUCAAAAGAAGGCUAUUGUGAAGGCAGUCAAGGCCGGUACAAUGCUCUUGGUUAUGACUUAAAUCGUAAUUUUCCGGACUAUUUCAAGCAGAAUAAUAAGAAGAGCCAACCAGAAACAGAAGCUGUAAAAGAGUGGGUGUCGAAAAUUCAGUUCGUGUUGUCUGGAAGUUUUCACGGUGGUGCUCUUGUGGCUAGUUAUCCCUUCGAUAACACACCAAACUCGCUGUUCCAGAGUUAUUCAUCAAUACCAAGCAUUUCUCCAGACGAUGACGUAUUUCGUCAUCUCUCGUUGACCUAUUCACAAAAUCAUGGUACUAUGUACCGAGGUGAAGCUUGCUCUCCUUCUCAACGUGGCUUUAAAAACGGAAUCACGAAUGGCGCCGAAUGGUAUCCAUUGACUGGAGGGAUGCAAGAUUUUAAUUAUGUGUGGAAUGGAUGCAUGGAGAUUACCUUUGAAUUAUCCUGCUGCAAAUACCCACCAGCUAAAGACUUGCCACGAUAUUGGGAAGAAAAUCGAUUGGCACUACUUAAAUUUUUAGCUGAAGCCCACAGAGGUGUUCACGGAUUUGUUAUUGAUGAAAACGGAAAUCCUAUAGAAAGAGCAUCAGUAAAAGUUAAAGGACGAGAUAUCAGUUUUCUCACGACGAAAUACGGAGAAUUCUGGAGAAUUCUUUUACCUGGAGUCUACAGACUUGAGGUUUAUGCCAACGGUUAUACACCCCGCGAAAUGGAAUUUAUGGUAAUAGACAAGCAUCCAACUCGACUCAAUGUCACGUUGUACAGUACCAAGAAUUGGAAUAUUGACGAUGAGGAUGAUAUUAAUGAUGAUGAUGAUGAUGAUGAGGAUGAUGAAAAUGAUGAUAAUAUUCAUGAUAUUGAUAAUAUUGGUGAUGGUUGGCACCAAAGCGAAAUGAUCACUGGAACAGGCAUAACACGAAUUUCUACUGAUCAACGGCACACUCCAAUAUCUGCAUGGCCCUUGGAUUAUGACUUCCCGCGACAAGAUGAUGCUAAUGAUGGACAAUAUUAUGGAGGUGGUAAUGGAGGAGUUCGCCCGUACCCUCAUCGUGACUACAGCCUUCACGUUCGUCCAAGUGGAUCAUCGACCUAUUCCACCACUUCAAACUCAAAUAAUGGAAUUUUUUCAUCAAUUAGCAAUGGUUUCAAUUCUCUUGUCAACAACUUGUUUGGCUGAUCGUCUGCCAGUCAUCAAUCAGUUUCACACAAUAUCAUCUUCAUUGUGGUUCUUUCUUUACUCUUACGUUAUUGAGUAUGUAACACCUUGAGUAUGUAACACCUUGCAAUACUUGACAAUUUUCAAGACUUGUUGAAACAUGACUAAAACUAAGUGCUAACGUGUUUAUACAAAAAAGAUUAAGGACCAAGGAGAUGAAGAACAGCAUUUAAAGACUACUGAUUGUUAUUUAAAAUGUAUUUUAUUAAUUGAUUGAUGAUGAUGAUGAUAAUAACGACUUUAAUGAUUUGACCAUGACAAAAGUAUUUUAAAAUAAACUUGAUCAAAGAUAUUUUUGAGUGAAAAUUAUAAUAGCAUAUUAAAAAAAUAUUGAAGUAAAAUAUAGAUUGGAAGAGUAUUUUUUCGAUAUAAAAAUAUUCAACGAAGAAAAAUACGAAUACAAUUUUUAAAUCAAGCUUUAUGCAAACUUUUAUUGUGAUUAUCAUCAUUAUUAAAACCAUAAAUAUCAUUAUUAUUACGAUAAUAAUAUAGUAUUUAACAGCAUAAUCUGUUAUGUAUAAAAUAGGUAUAUCAAAA